CCAGGGACCGAUGGAACUUUUAUAUUCGUUGUAGAUCGCCCGCUCUACAGUUCAACUUUAAAGGUUCCCUGCAGCUUUACCUAGUAACCAUGAAAUCUACCGUCUACUCGCUGGCAGCUCUGCUGCCCUUGGUCCUCCCGACCCAAGCCAACGACCUCUGGGCGCAGGUCAGCUGCUUCACCUCCACUGGAAACAUGGAGAACAUGGGGAGCUAUGAGUUCCAAUCGGUCGGCCACUGUACAACUGAAUGCGAGAAGGUUAACGGGGUGUUUGCCGCAGUGCAAGAGGAGCUGUGUUACUGUGGAACUGCGGCUCUUGAUAUCCAGGACAUGGCCUUGGCCGAUGACGAGAGUGCUUGCAAUGCCACGUGCCCCGGUUAUGCUGUUGAUACGUGUGGCGGGGAUGGUGUCUAUUCCCUGUGGGUUUCGCAAGCAUAUGCCUUGAGCCUAAAUGACGACGACGAUGAGUCCGGCAGUGACUCCUACAGUGACUGGAACAAUACAUCCACUGCUGUCGCAAUCACCAAUGCCUCUGCUUCCUCGACCACUGCGAUAAAUGCUGUAUCGACAUCGCCCAGUGUCAGUGGUCCCACUUCAUCAACGACUGCUGCGGCCAGCCAAACCGCGACGGGCAGUGCUGCCAUCACCACGACUACGUCUACCUCGGGAGCCAGUCGCCGCUUCAGAAUUCUCUUUUUCUGAGGAUGCAGGGGUGGUUAAGUCAAUCUCAUGGUGUAUCCACAUAAAUAUAAAUAUAAUGUAUAUUAUCCUCAACAUGAUACUAAGGUUGUUUCUCAUUCGUGGAAGUUGGCUGCCCGGGGAUGACGCGAUCUGCAGGCUGGAUGACACC